AGAGAAUGUAUUGAAAAAAAUGUGUAGCGAAGAAAUAAUGAAAAGCGAUGCAAAGAAAAAAAAGGGUACAAGGAAAACAUUCAAGAGGAUAUUUUCAAAUUAUAUACCUGUGUCAAAAAUGAUGAAUAUUUUAAAAAAACAAUCAUUCAAUGAUACACAAUAUGUAAAAGGGAAUCUCCGUAUAAAUCCUUUUGCUUGUAAAUACGCUUAUAUAAGUAUGACUAAUGAAGAACGCGACCUGCUAAUCAUAGGUAUAUCGAAUAGAAAUCGUGCUUUUGAAGGAGAUCUAGUUGUGGCAUGUGUAAACCCUGAAAAUUUGUGGCGUACUUCAUCUGAUGGAGAAGUACAAAAGACUGGUAAAAUUGUUUGUAUAUUAGAGAAAGUACAUUCAAGACGAGCAAUCGGAUAUAUUAUACAGAAACAUGAUUCGCUGCUGUUGUUUCAUCCAAGGGAUCAUAGAAUACCAUUAGUUGAGAUACUUCCUGAAUCAGUACCACCUUCAUUUCGCGAUCAACCAGAACUUUUCAAAGACAUGAUGUUUUUUGUUAGUAUUGAUUUGUGGGAGCAGCUACAUGCAUUUGGGCGAGUUCUUUCAGUGGUGGGUAAAUAUGGCGAAAUAAAUACGGAAUUAACAGCAGUAAUACUUGAAAAUGAUUUAGAUUUGUCUCCAUAUCAUGAAAGCCUAUUGAAAGGACUUCCAAGUAGUGAUUAUAUUUUAACGGACGCUGACAUGAAAGAUAGAGAAGACUGGAGGCACGAGUGCAUUUUUUCGAUAGAUCCUGCAACAGCUAUUGAUUUAGAUGACGCCCUUUCUUGCAAAAUCUUGGACAAUGGAAACUAUGAAAUUGGUGUACAUAUAUCAGAUGUCACGCACUACUUAAAAUUUUCCUCUCCACUAGAUAACGAAGUUUUGAAACGAGCUACUACCGUUUAUCUGCCACACAUGACUUCUCAUAUGUUACCAGAGGCAUUGUGUAAAGUUUGUUCCUUAUUUUCUGGCAAAGAUAAAUUAGCCUUUUCCGUAAUCUGGGAAAUGACACCAGAGGCCAAAAUUGUGAAAUACCGUUUCGCGAAAACUGUAAUAAGAUCGUGUUGUCAAAUGUCCUAUGAAUCGGCUCAAGCUAUGCUCGACGAUCCAGAAAAGUCUUGGCCCAAAGAUUUCCUAGACAUAAAAGGAGACUAUACUAUAUCGUUAUUGUCUGACCUAGUGAACAAAUUAUUUAAAUUAUCCACUCAGUUGCAAAACAAACGAUUUGAUCAUGGGGCUCUAAAAUUAAAUAAACCAACGUUACAGAUACGUAUAGAUCCCGUGCUGAGUCAAGAACACGGGAUUCCGAUACCUGUAGACUAUUAUGUAUAUGAAAGCACCGAUAGCCACAGUCUUAUAGAAGAAUUUAUGCUGUUGGCAAAUAUGACAGUCGCCACGCAAUUGUAUGUUGCAAUUCCCAAAACGGCUUUGUUACGUAUGCAUAAAGAUCCGUCCAAGCAAUGUCUCAGUUCACUUCAUGUUAUGUUGCAAAAAUAUGGAAUUCAUUUGAAUAUCGAAACAGCUGGCGACUUACAGGCCAGCAUCAGUCGCUAUGAACCAGAAAAUAACUCUGUCACGGUCGAUUUCAUGAAAUAUAUUACAAUGGUUAUCAUAAACCUAUGUUCAAAGACUAUGGCACGUGCAGAAUACAUAUGCGCAUCUACCACUUCGCCGUAUGAUUUAAAACACUAUGCAUUAAAUGUGCCUCUUUAUACGCACUUUACCUCCCCUAUUCGAAGAUAUGCCGAUUGCACAGUUCAUCGUUUGCUUAGUGCGACGCUUGAAAAUAAACCUUUACCAGAAAAAUGGACGGUCAAGUUGUGUUCCAAGAUUGCAGCCAAAUGCAAUCUAAAGAAAUAUAGUGCGAAACUGGCUUGCGAACAGAGCACGGAGGUAUUCUUUGCAUAUAUGGUAGGUCUUGCAGGCGGCUUUACUACGAUAGCUACUGUAUUAUGUGUCAAGGCAGACUGUAUAGAAGUUAUUCUUUGUGACACUGGCAUAAAAUUAAAAAUAAAAUUUAAAGAUCUAGAAGACGUUACCACAUCGAAGUAUUCCGCAGAUCAUGUACCAACUGUAAUUGUUAAUUGGAAGGAACCUCCUAUUGUACAGGUAAUCAAUUUGUUUAAUUUGGUGCAUGUACGGAUAACAAAAAGUGAAGAAUUACGUAUAAAAGCAACUCUUUUACCUCCACCACAACAGUAGACAGAUCUAGAAAGAGAGAUUUCUAAUUAAUUUUAUAGUCAUCGACUAUGAUUUGUGACGAAAUUAUAUGUAUGACAAGAAUUUUCUAAUAAUUUAUGAAUAUUCAUGUAUAUAUGUGUGCGUGUG